AUGGAGCGGCGCGCCGGGGCCACGGCGACGGCGGUCCAGGCAGGGUUGGUGUCGACAGUCCAAGCUACGAUGGCAACGGUCUCUGGAAUCACGGUUGUCCUUAACUGCAAGAACGUGGUGCACGACAGGCACUGGCUGGCCGUGGAGUACAUCUGGGUCCUUGUUCCCUACAUGACCUACGACAUUUACGUCAUGUACCUGUGCCACUGGCACAAGAGCAGAGACAGGGGCGUAGCGGAGAAAAAGCACUCGCUGGCCAGCGUGCGGAGCUUCCUCCUGCAGGAGCGGCUCAUGGUGACCCACCACCUCUUCAUCCUCAUUGUGCUCACCCCCGUCACCCAGCACUUCAGGGGUGAGCUGGGAGACUUCUUCGUGGGCUGCAUCUUCACAGCAGAGCUGAGCACUCCUUUUGUAUCGCUGGGCAAAAUCCUCAUGCAGCUCAAAAUGCAGGACACGCUCCUGCACAAGGUGAACGGGAUCCUCAUCCUGGUGACUUUCUUCCUCUGCCGUAUUCUCCUCUUCCCGUUCAUGUAUGCAGCCUAUGCCAGGCAGGUGGGAAUUCCCAUUUACAUGGUGCCUUUCCGCAUCCCCCUGCACUGCAACAUCGCAAACGCCUCUCUCAUCGCCCCGCAGCUCUACUGGUUCAGGCUUAUCUGCCGCAAAGCCGUCCGACUCUACAGCAGCUCGCCCGCUGACAAAAGUAGUUAACGGCUGGCAGGGGCAGCCAAGAGCGGGGCAGGGACCAGGUCAGCCUCCUCAGCUCUCCUGCUUCGAAUGCCAGCACUGGCGGUACCAUCUCGGGAGCAGAGCAGCACAGAGAAGCAUCGCUACCACAAGGCGGUUUUAGUUUGAAGCAGCCUUGCUGUCUCCACCUCUGUGCCAGGCAGCGCCAGCCUCAGACAGGAAGACUUCUCUUCCCAUAUCGCUCCCGUGCCUCACAUCCUCCCACCCGUGGGAGGUCAGGAGGAGGAGGA